GCUCUCGUUCGCUUGUUUUAAUCAAAUUUGUCAAAGAUACAAAAUAUCGCGGAAAAAAUUCUUGGAAAAUAAAUAAAAUACCACAUUGAAGAAAUCAUUUAAAUGAUUUCACAAAUGUGUAACAAAAGCUAUUAAAUAGAAAAAUUCCAUUUGUGAAAAAAAUCGUAUGUUUGUGUAGUUGUUCUUAAAAAUAAAACAAUUAGAGAAGACACGCUAGAACAGAGAUUAACUCCAACAACAACACAACAAAAAUGAAAAGAUAAAAAUCAAAAGGAAAACAAUACAACAACAAAGAUUAUUCCCUUUUUUCUAUGUAUUGAUUAAAUUUUUUUCAUUAUUGCGUUUGAAAAUUGUUUAAAAAAAUAAAAACAUUUUAUUUCAAUUAACGCGGAAGUUAAAAAUAAAAAAAAUUGUCAUAACAAUUUAGUCCAAAGAAUAUAAAAAUAAUAUAGUAAAUAAAUACAAGUGUUAAACAAAGAAAUUUGAACAAUACAAUAGUAAGGAAAAUAUGGAAUUUGAGACUCCCUUGCUAGCAGAAUCGGCGGAUAUUGUAGAUGUAAGUGAAAAAGAACUUAAUGUAAAUUACAAUACGCUUCUGACAUCGUUGUUAUCGUCACAACAAACGUCACCUGAAACAAUAACUAUGUCAUCACCAUCAUUUACCCAACAAAAACGUCAACAACAACAGCAACAAUUACAACAACAGGAUCAACAACAGAACCAGCAGCAAUGUGAUAAAUCACCGAAUAUUAAAAAACAGGCCAUGUCUGCUGCCGAACGUUCAGCUACUAAAAAAUCUCUAUUCAUUUUAGCUGGAAUUUUUGCAACUUCAUUAGCGGCUAUGUUUUACGUCUAUAUGAUAUUUCCCCAAUUGGAUGAAUCCGAAAAACAACACAUGAAAAUUCCACGUGAUAUACAAGAUGCUAAAAUGUUGGCCAAAGUAUUGGAUCGCUACAAGGAUAUGUACUAUUUUGAAGUCAUGUUUGGUGUGGUCGUCGCUUAUAUAUUCCUUCAAACUUUUGCCAUUCCAGGAUCUUUGUUUCUUUCCAUUUUGCUUGGAUUCCUUUAUCGUUUUCCCAUUGCUCUGUUUCUUAUAUGUUUCUGUUCAGCACUGGGCGCCACUCUGUGUUACUGCCUUUCGAAUUUAGUUGGACGUCGCUUGAUACGACACUUUUGGCCGAAAAAAAUAAAUGAGUGGUCCAAACAUGUGGAUAAACAUCGUGACAGUUUAUUCAGCUACAUUUUGUUCCUGCGCAUGACACCAAUUCUACCCAAUUGGUUUAUUAAUCUGGCGUCGCCAGUCAUUGGAGUACCCAUGUAUACAUUUGCAUUUGGAACAUUUUGUGGAGUAGCGCCACCCUCGGUAUUGGCCAUUCAAGCGGGAAAAACUUUACAGAAAAUGACUAGUUCGAGUGAUGCUUUCUCGUGGACCUCGAUGGGUGUUUUGACGCUGUGCGCUUGCUUGUCGCUAGUACCGGCUCUAUUGAAAAACAAACUAAAAAAGAAAGUAGAAUAAACUCCAUACAGAUGAAAUGGUCGUGGAAGAUGAAAAUAAUUGCAAAUGUGAAUGUAGAAAAGAAAAAAAGCUGAUGUAGUGCUAAAUUUAAAUAUGUAUUAUGUAUUUGGAAUAAUGUCUAAUAUAAAACGAAGGAGUGAUUUUUUAAGUGUUUAUAAGUUACAAUAAAUUUAAACUUAUUUUUGUUGUGUUUUUUUCACAUUUUGUUCAUAUGUCUUAAAACGAAGCUUAUUCCAAAUGUAAACAAAUUACUUUAUUUUAUAGAUAAGUAUUUACUGCAAUAAUAUAGAUUUAAUUUGAAUUAGUACUACUUACGAACAUAUAUGAUGUCCGAUAGUAAAUAUACAGAGGUAUUUUAACAAGAUCAGCCUAAUUGAUUUUAUAUACAUAUUCCAAAAAUUUAUUUUCUUACAAAUUUAUAUUUUAUUUACAUUUUUUUUUGCUUGCUUUAGUUUAAAUUAUGUUUUCAAAUAAAUUUAGUAUGUAUACAUCUCUAUAAUUUAUUAUCUCGCAGUAUUUAAUAUAUUAUUGCUAUAGUUUAGUUUUAUUCCAUUUUAAAUACACUUAUUCUUGCUAUGCUCCUCAACUUUUUUUUAUCCCUUAUAAUUUUUUUUUUAUUAGUUUUAUUUAAUUAUAAAAAGUAACAAAUUUGCCAAUAUUAUAAUUAUUAUAAUUUCGUUGUAGUUAGUUUUAUACAAAAUGGAAAAUUUAUUUAUAAAAAAAAAGAAAUAUACAUACAUAUUAAAAUAA